AUGCCGGAGAUCCGCGGGGAAAAGGCUACAACGAGUCACCAUCACCCGAAAUGGGCUGCUGCUGCUGCUUGUUCCCAUCGCCCUCUGGCUUACCUCCCAGUAGCAGCCCUGCUAGAAUACCCUCGACUUCAACGCAACAAAGCUCGUCGUGAGGAAUUACUAAUAUACGAUCCGUGCUCCUCCGCGCCCUCUUUCCUCCUGCCAGUGGACGGAGUGGGCGCCGCGCGGGGGCUUUCGGGAAAUGUAGUCUUCGGAUGGCGGCCCGGAGGCGCCGAGCGCUUGUGCUCCGGCUUCCGCGGUUUCGCCCCAAGGUGCCUGGAAGCCCUCGGGGCCCGGGAACCUGCAGUAGCCUUGGGUAAGCGGACCCCCUCCCCUCCGCCCCCCACAGCGGGUUCUAUGGGCCGGGACCUGGGGGUAGCCAUGACCGAGGGGGAGCUUCGUGAGGAAUUACUAAUAUACGAUCCGUGCUCCUCCGCGCCCUCUUUCCUCCUGCCAGUGGACGGAGUGGGCGCCGCGCGGGGGCUUUCGGGAAAUGUAGUCUUCGGAUGGCGGCCCGGAGGCGCCGAGCGCUUGUGCUCCGGCUUCCGCGGUUUCGCCCCAAGGUGCCUGGAAGCCCUCGGGGCCCGGGAACCUGCAGUAGCCUUGGGUAAGCGGACCCCCUCCCCUCCGCCCCCCACAGCGGGUUCUAUGGGCCGGGACCUGGGGGUAGCCAUGACCGAGGGGGAGCUGCCCCUUGGAGAACUUGGGGAGCCGCCUCCCACAGAGCUGAGCCCCCAGAAGCUGCGGGAACAUGGACCAGCAGGAGAGCAGUACGUGGGAGCCCCCUCCACCCCCCAGGGGCUGCCUUCUGCCCCUAGUCCGAGGGAAUGGGCCCCUCCAGGCAGCGGCUCUUCCCCCAGCCCUGCUCUUCCCUCCCCAGGUGCUGUGGAGUCCCUGCACCCCUAUUUUGUGUUCAGGCCACAGAGACCGGAGCUGGGAAUAUGUUGGGACCCACUGGACCCUCCUCGGGGGUCCCCAGAGGCUGCCCAGACAUGGGGCCCGGGGGGAACCGGCCCAGGAGAGGACAGAGAUGGUGAAGCGGAGGAGGACUCGGAUGACCAGAGGCGGUACCGAGCCUGGACGGCAGGAAGGUUCUGUUCCUUGAGGGCCGGAGACCCAUGGCCCGGAGCGCCCGAGAACUUCCUGUUCGGGCCCGUGACUCUGCAGUUCCACCGCAGCUGCGCCAAGGUCAGGGUGGUCGUGGGAGGGGAAGGCCCGGAGCGCCCACCCAGCGAAGGGCCUCCGGCCACCGGGGCCCCCGAGCGGGCCGGCCAUCUGGCGGCGCUGUUCCAGCCCGACGAGAGGACCAAGAGGCGGCCCAACACCGUGAUCCUGCAGGGGGCCGUGGGCAUCGGCAAGACCGUGCUGGCCCGGAAACUGGUGCUGGACUGGGCCCGGGGGCGCCCCCGCCAGGACGCCUUUCGGUACGUCUUCUACUUCAACGCCGGGGAUCUGGACGGGCCGGCCGACAGGAGCCUGGCCGAGCUGGUGGCCGGCGAGUGGCCCGAUCCGCAGGCGCCCGUCUCCGAGAUUCUGUCACGACCCCGGAGGCUCCUGUUCGUCGUGGACGGUCUGGAGGAUCUGAAGCCCUUCUUGGACGGGCCCGAGGCCGAGCUGUGCCGGGCCUGGGGGGAGCCCCGGCCCCUGGGCCGCCUGCUGCAGGCUCUGCUCAGGAAAGCCCUGCUGCCCGAGGCCCGGCUGCUCGUGGUGGUGCGGCCCUCGGGCUGGGCCCGCCUGGCCCCCUGGCUGGGCUGCCCCCGGCUCGUGGAGGUCCUGGGGCUGUCCGCGGCCGACCGCGACGACUACUUCUACAGGUUCUUUGGGGACCCGGCCAGGGCGCGGGCCGCCCUGGCCGUCGUGCAGGACAACGAGACGCUGACCUCCCUGUGCCACGCGCCUCUGGUGUGCUGGGUGGUCUGCACGGGCCUGAAGCGGCGGCUGGACGGCGGUGACGACCUGCGCCGAGGCCCCCUCACCGCCACCAGCCUCUUCGUGUCCUACGUGGCCGGGCUCUUCCGCGGCCGGCCCGCGCCCCGCGAGCUCCAGCUGUGGGGCCUGUGCCGCCUGGCCGCCGAGGGCGUGCUGGCCCACGCCACCCGCUUCGGCCGCGGCGACCUGGAGCGGCUGGGGCUGGCCGAGGCCGACCUGGAGCCCUUCGUGGCCUCCCGCCUCCUCCUCCCGAGGCCCGGCGGAGGCUUCACCUUCCUCCACUUGACCCUGCAGGAGUUCCUGGCCGCCCUGUACAGCGCCAUGGAGGUGACCCGCUGGCCCGGCCUGGCGCCCUCUUCGCAGGACCUCACCACGGAGCUGGAGAAGAUCUCGGGGGAGAACACGAGCUUCGUGGGCACGGCCGUGCACUUCCUCUUCGGCCUUCUGAACCCCGAGUGCGCCGGGCCCGUGGAGGAGGGGCUGGGCUGCCGGCUGGCCCCCCAGCUGCGGCGGGACCUGCUGCUCUGGGCCGCCGUGGUCAGCGCCACCCCCCCCCACAGCCACUCCCUGCACCAGUUCUUCCUGAGCCUCUACGAGGCCCAGGACGCCGCCUUCCUGACGCAGGUCAUGGACCACUUCCAGGACCUGCGGCUCGGCCUGCGCGGCAAGGCCGACCUGCUCGUGUCCUCCUUCUGCUUGCGCCACUGCCGCCGCCUCAAGAAGCUCGUCCUCCACCUGGACCGCGACGUGUUCUCUGAGGACGACAGCGAGCUGCAGGCCGGGCCCCAGGCUUCGGACCUCGCCACUGCCUCCUUGUGGAAGGCCUUAUGUUCCGUGCUGAGUACCAGCACCAGCCUGAGGGAGCUCGACCUGAGGUUCUUCUCCCUGAACGACCUGUGCAUGAAAAGCCUGAGUGACCAGCUCAGACACCGAGACUGCCGCCUGCAGAACCUGAGGGUCAAGCAGACCGCCUUCGUCCCAUUCGCCUGCGGAGAUUUCCCUCUCGCGCUCACUGGGCACCAGCACCUGACGUGGCUCGACUUGAACCUUCAGCUGGGAGACGAUGGGAUGAAGCUGCUGUGUGAGGCCUUGAGACACCCCCAGUGCAACCUGCAGUACCUGAGGUUGAGGAGUUGUGCCCUCACCGAGGCCUGCUGUCCAGAUCUUGCCCUGGCCCUCACCUGCAACCAGAGCUUGAGCCAUUUGGACAUGGGGGGCAAUCAGCUCCUGGACCGAGGUGUGCAGGUGCUGUGUGAGGCCCUGAGCCAGCCCAAGUGCCGCCUCCAGAGCCUGCUGUUGCCGGCAUGUGGCCUGACGGCUGGUGUUUGCCAGGAUCUCUCUGCUGCUCUCACCUCCAAUCGGAGUUUGACACGUUUGUGCCUGGCCAGCAACAGCCUUCGGGAUGAUGGUCUGAAGGUUCUGAGCACAGCUUUGAAGAACCCCGAGUGUCCUCUCCAGAGACUGGCGUUAUGGAGCUGCGAGCUCACUGCCGAGGGGUGCCAGGCUCUCUCGGCUGCUCUUCACAGCAACAAGAACCUGACUCACCUGGAUUUGGGGGAGAACGAUCUCAGAGAUGAUGGGAUGAAGUUGCUGUGUGAGGCUUUGAGGCAGCCACAGUGUCCCCUUCAAGCCCUUGACAUGUUGGUCUGCUUCCUCACCGAGGCCUGUUGUCAGGACCUCUCAGAUGCACUCAUCCUCAACCAGAGUCUGCGGAGCCUGAACCUGGGGCACAACGCCCUCAGAGACGAGGGAGUCAAGCUGCUGUGCAAGGCCCUGAGGCACCCCAACUGCCCUCUCCAGAGGAUCGGGCUGGAGCGAUGCCAGCUCAACACGGCUUGCUGUCAGGAUCUCUCCUCUGUUCUCCUCUGCAAUCCGAGGCUGAAGAGUCUCAACCUGGCCCAGAAUGCCUUGUGGGAUGAAGGAGUAAGGAUACUGUGUGAGGCCUUGGAAAAGCCUGAAUGCAGCCUGCAGAUCCUGUCGCUAUGGAAGGAGGCAUUCAGCAGCAGUGCCCAGCAGAUGCUGAAGGCCACCGAGGAGCGAAAACCCCACCUGAUCAUUACCGGUGACUGGUACAGUCAGGACCCUGAGGAUUACAGUUCUUCCUGGUGGCUGGAGACCUGACCCACACCCCUGUCCCCACCCCCACCUUCCUCAGUCUGUCCCAAGGGCCUGGGGGACCAGAAUGGUUCUUACCCUUUAUGGGGGUGGCAUGGGGCAGCCAUGGGUGUGGGAGCCCCUGGGCAGACCCCCAUCACACUACACAGUGCCUUUGUCCUUCUCCCUAGAAAGCCUUCUUGGAUUAAUUAAAUACAGACUGAUUUCUGUUCUUGGCAUUCA